GUACUACUAGUAGUACUGUAUACUACGCCGUAUAACAGGGAAUCUUACAAAAGACGUAACAAAACAACAUGAUAAACGGAUCGAUUCACAUCGCAUAAUAUUAUAGGAAAUAAGAAAUUUGGUCGGUACCUACCUAGGUAUCUGCUAUGGCGGAUUUCGACCUUGCUUCCACUUUCAUCCCUGCUCUUCAUAAGCCCUCCGCUUUACUGCCCAUCGCCAAACACCACGAUAGCUUGCUUUAUAUCAUCGAGAGAAACCCUGUCACAAUCGUCAUUGGCCAGACCGGUUCCGGCAAGACCACUCAGAUACCGCAAUUCCUCGAGCAUUCAGGAUGGUGCUCCGAUGGAAAGCUCAUUGGCGUUACCCAACCUAGGCGUGUGGCGGCUACCACUGUGGCUGUUAGAGUAGCCGAGGAGUAUGGUUGUGAACUAGGAAAAGAAGUUGGAUACUCUAUUAGAUUCGAGGACGUAACCUCAGCUGCAACUCGGAUCAAAUUCUUGACCGAUGGGCUACUCAUCAGGGAGGCCUUGGUCGAUCCACUACUAUCUCGCUAUUCUGUGAUCAUGGUGGACGAAGCCCAUGAGAGAUCUAUAAGCACAGAUAUUCUUCUUGGCCUUUUGAAAAAGAUACGAAAACGGAGGCCAGAACUACGGAUAAUCAUAAGCAGCGCCACUCUUCAGGCCGAAGAUUUCCUUAAUUUCUUCUCCGAGCAGCCUACCAAUCAAGAUGGUUCGGAAGACGAAGAAAACAGAGUCGGCUCAAUCAUCAGCCUCGAAGGAAGAAUGUAUCCCGUAGACAUUCUCUAUCUAGAGUCACCGGCGGAGGACUAUGUCGAAAAAGCAAUAUCCACUGUUUUUGACAUCCACACAAAGGAGUCGGAUGGUGAUAUCCUUGUCUUCUUGACAGGUCGUGAAGAGAUUGAUACUGCUGUCCAAGCUGUUGCAGAUCGAUCAGCUCAACUUGGUCCCACAUCUCAGUCGAUCCUAGCCUUGCCACUGUAUGCAGGCUUAUCAACAGAGCAACAAAUGUUCGUGUUUGAUAGCCCGCCUGAAAACACUAGGAAAGUCAUUUUCUCUACUAAUAUAGCGGAAGCAUCCGUCACCAUCGAUGGCAUUGUUUAUGUCAUCGAUUCAGGCUUCGUGAAGCUGAGAGCUUUUGACCCUAAAACCGGCAUCGAGUCACUAACUGCAACUCCUCUCUCGAAAGCCUCAGCAUCACAACGGGCAGGGAGAGCUGGCCGUACGAAACCGGGAAAAUGUUUUCGGCUUUAUACUGAGAAAGCGUACCAGAACUUACCCGACGCGAACAUCCCGGAAAUCCAAAGAUCUAAUCUUGCGCCAUUCAUAUUACAACUCAAGGCACUCGGGAUCGACAAUGUCGUACGCUUCGAUUAUCUGACGCCUCCACCCGCAGAACUAAUGAUGAAAGCAACGGAGCUACUCUUCUCUCUAGGUGCUUUAGAUGAGUAUGCCAAACUCACAAAGCCCCUGGGUAUGAGGAUGGCAGAGCUUGCGGUUGAGCCAAUGAUGGCAAAGACUCUGCUGACGGCCCCCACGUUUGGCUGCCUAAGUGAAAUACUAACUAUAGCAGCGAUGGCAAGCCUUGGCGGUUCGAUAUGGAUUCAGAGGGACGGAGAGAAAAAGCAGAUGGAGUCGGUACGACGAAAAUUUGCAGCUGAAGAAGGUGAUCACUUGACGCUAUUGAAUGUCUACCAAGCAUUCGUAACCAAGGGCAAGAAAGAGUCUAAAUUUUGCCAUGAAAACCACCUGAAUUUUAAAGCUAUGACCCGUGCGGUGAGUAUCAGAGCCCAACUGAAACGGUACCUAGAACGGUUUGGGAUAGCUGUAGACGAGAGCCUCAAACCGUCGGCAGUUAACAGGGGAGAGCAAAUUCGAAGAUGCCUUACAACUGGAUAUUUUGCACAUGCCGCAAGAAUGCAACCGGACGGAAGCUUCCGUAACGUUGAGGGUGGAACGACGCUCUAUGCACAUCCUAGUUCUCUGAUGUUUAAUCGCAAGGCUGAUUGGGUCAUAUUCCACGAGGUGAUGGAAACUGGCAGCAAGAUUUUCAUUCGCGAUAUCAGCAAAAUCGAGAAAGGGUGGCUCUUAGAAUAUGCGUCAGGAUAUUAUCAGCUUAAGUCGUGAGAAACGUCAAUUUAUCGGCCUUGUUUCGGCGACAAGGCCCCAUCUGAUGGCUGGCGAUGGGGUCAGUUCUUCUAGAACCAUUUAUCUACGCAGUAACUAAUAGUUAUUACCCCCUAUUCAUCUCUAUAUAAUACCUACAAUUACUAGGUACCUUGUCAAGGGAAAUUUGUUAAAGAGAUGCAACCAUGAAACAACAUCGAUGCUAGACCUUUGAGGCUGAGACGUGAGUAUUGGGUUAGCCAAUGGAACCAAUGGGAAGGGCUUGUCUAGGAGAGAAACAAACUUGGCUCUACGGUUAGCCCUUAGCGCACCCUGUACGAAAUACUUCUAAUGCUACGUAAAGCUUGGAAUCAAGCAUGUAAUACCAAGACUGCUAGUUAGAUCCGUCCCGAUUACUGUGUCUCCCCCUAGGUCAGGGGCGUAUGGAUGCCGUACGGUGUAGUGCGUACGUGUGUACUAACUAUGUAGGAUCGGGGACUGCAGAAUCAGUGCAGAUGUUGUCGUACGUAUACUUGAACCUAUUUAUAAAGUUUACAACAAAGUACAGCAUGGCUUCCUUGACUUACGAAUCCUGCUACGUUUCUUCUUUUUCUUUUUUUGGUAGAGAGUAGUUAUGUCCAUAUAACAACUGGGUAUGGGUAUGCU